AUGUCUGGUCGAUCAAGUCCUGUAAACGGCGGUUACGAGGCCGCAAGGCUCACCGUCCGCAAGGAUCUCUUCCCAGAAGUUCGCUUGUCUAAACUGUCAUCAGUCAAUUCUGGUAGCGAAAGCGACCAGGAAGGUGACGACGCAUUGUCCUGUGUCAAGCUAGAAACUGAUUUCGAACAGAGCAUCGACGAAAUCGCCAAGCAGAAGCUUGAAGUGGCCAAUGGGGUACUUCCUUGUCCGACCCGGCCGCGUCAUAGGAAACAUAAGCAUCACUCUCGACAUAGCUCUAAAGCCUCCACUAUGAAUGGUUGUUUACCUCCCAAAAGUAAAAGGAGAAAAGACUCAAAAGAUUCAUCUCAUAGGAAACAUUCAAAAAGUAGUGUUGUGUUGUCACAAGUGAAAGGUGGUAAAAACUUAAACUUAGUGAGUAGUAGUGAGUGUCAGGAUGAAGAAGAGUGUGCAGAAUCUACAGAAGAAGAAGUGUUGGAAGAAGAUGAAGCAGAAGAUAGUGAAAGUUCUGAAGAUGAACAGCUCAAGCACAAUUCAAAGUUACUGUUAACUAUAUCACGGCAAAGUGGUAAACCAUACAGUCAUGAACUUAGUCAAUUAUCCACAAAAAAGAGCAAGAGAGACUCAAAAGAGAAAAGAACUCAUGCAAUUAUACCAUGUAGUGGUAAGCCUCGGUCUAUGUUGAACAUUUGCAGUUCGCGUAGUAAAAAGAAAUCAAAAAAGUCUGAAUGUACAACCACAUAUCGCAGUCAGAUACUGGAUACUAACUCUAUAAAGAUAAAGAUUAGAAGAACAAGUGUACAUGAAACUGUUACACCAACGCCGACUUCAAUAGCCGACAUCGGCCAGAGGAAGUCUAAGAAGAAGCGGACUGCUUCACCGGUAAGCGUGAGUUCUGGUGAGGAGUACGACCCAUCGCGUGGUGACACCGCUGCUGCAAUGAGCGUCGCUGCUCCAAAACCGCGCCACCCUCCCAAGACUGUAAAACCUCUGAAGCCGAAGAAGGCUAACACUUCUAAAAGUAAAAAGAAAAGUGAAAAGACUGAAAGAACUAGAAUUAGUGGAGCUGUAAGUAAGGAGACCAGACCACAAAGUCCAUGGGGGCACUCGAUGCCCAAGGAGAUACUUUUAAAGAUAUUUGAAUAUGUUGUAGACUCCGAGGGCACUUUGCCCUCCGUGAUCAGAAUUGGUAGGGUGUGUAAGUUAUGGCACAGUGUAAGCUGUAGAGCAGAAUUGUGGAAGAAUGUAGAUCUUGCGCAAUAUACUAGUGAAAAAUGUAAAACAGAUUACAAACUCGUAUGGCUCCUGGAAAACCGGUUGUCGCAAUGUCAAAGUUUAAAUAUUGCUCAGUGGAAAGUAAGCAACGUAUCCUGGGUGCUAGCGUGUGUAGCGGACUAUUGUCCAGAGCUCGUCGAGUUGAGCGUCGCUGGUUGGAGCCGCAUUACUUCAGAGCAACUGUUCGAUCUCAUGCAAGCCUUACCCAAGUUGCAGAGGAUUGAUUUAUCACUAACGUCUGAAACUGGUGGUUCGAGCACAUGCCUUUCUGCGGCUUCAAUGGCGCGUAUCUCUGAGAACUUUGGCGCACGACUCACGCACCUUACCUUAACUAAUAAUAAAUUUGUAGCCAUGCCACAGAUACUUCAAUCCAUAGCGAGCCAUUGCUGCAACCUGGAAGUAUUGGACAUUUCGGGUACCCUAGCCGCCUCGCACCCCGCCGCUGUACCGCUGGAGGCGAUGCAGAAGGGCUGCCCCAAGCUGCGUGUAUUUCGCGCCGCCAACUCGCAGCUGGUGUUGCAGAAUGCAAGCACUGCGCAACAGAUGGAGUGUAACGGCUGGCCAGCGUUGGAAGAGCUAUCAAUAGCUGGCGAAGCGGCGACAGAGCGAGUAGGAGUUGGCGAGUACCGGCUCGGAGACGAUGCACUCGCGCGACUCGUGCGAGGUGCCACUCGUCUACGUUUGUUGGAUGUUCGGGGCUUGCAACGACUUUCCGACUCUGGUCUCGUCAGGGUACCCGCAUGGGACUUACAACAUCUUUUCCUUGGAGGUUGUAAGGUAACGCGUCAAAGCAGCGCGUGUCUGGAGCUGAUUUGCGAGAAGUGGUCGCACAGUCUGAUUGAGCUGGAUUUGUCGUGGGCUUCCGCCACUAGGGUACUAGACGAUGCAGUCGCUGCGCUGGCUGACUCGCCCGACAGCAAACUCAGAAUACUCAACUUAUGUGGCUCAUCAGUAUCUUUGGAACCAGUCAAAAAAGUUCUUCUAAAAUGUCCCCUCAUUGAAUCUUUAAACCUUAGUUCAUGUCGUGCUCUCCCCAGAGGUAUGAAACGUUUGUAUACUGGUAAGGAACUGCAAGAUCUAAAAGAUAACUUCAAUCCUGAGAAAAUCAAAGCCAAAGAAAUUAAAGCUGCGGAAAGUGAAAAAGCAAAGAACGAUGCUAAAAAGUCUAGUUCUGAUUCUAAAUCUGAAGCUGAUAUAAAGGAACCUCCGAUAGGAGCUUCUGAGAAAUCUGAAACAUCAUCAAAGGACAAGUCCUCAUCUGUCUUUCAAGAACCAAAAAGCGUUUUAGAGAAACAGUUCCCGAUGGCUAGAACGCCUGUAAGUUCUUCACCUGAUAGCAAGUCAUGUGAACCGACGUCUGGCAAAGAUACUAACGAAAUGAUGACUGUUGUUUCUGAAGGUAAAAGGUCGAUCAGAGAUGCCACUCCUAAACUAUUAAGCCCUGCUACACAAUCUAAACCAGAUUCCUCGUCUACACCCAGGUCCGAAUCCAUUAAAGGAGAACUUGGAAGUCCCCAUUUCAGUCCCGUCCCUAAACCAGACAGUCAAGUACAAAACAGUCCAGAAGUCCAAUCAGAGUUAUUAAAUCAUAGUCAAAGAAGUUGUAACUCAUGGAAUCUAGGACAAUUUAAAACUACACCAACACAUAAGUCUGAAGCCAGUCCUCUCAGUAGAUUAGAAAAUCAUAAUAAAUUAAGGCCUGGAAAAGUUAUAGAACAAUGUAGUCCAACCACUUCUCAUGAUAAGAAACCUAGUCCUGAAACACAUAGUAUGAAACAAGACAGUAUAAAAAAUCUUAAUAGCUGGAAUUAUGGAAACUAUAGCCCCAUGCCUCGCCAAGACAACCAAUUUUCCUCUCAAAGAAGUCCAUAUUCAGCUCAACCAAGCCCUGCUCAACCUAGCCCCUACUCAACACAACCUAGUCCUUAUUCGACGCAGCCAAGCCCAUACUCUUCACAACCUAGUCCUUAUUCAGCGCAACCGAGUCCAGAUACAAGUCAAAUAGUGAAACCAGAUUUGCAAAAGUCUAGCGCUUGGAACACUGGCAAUUUCAGUCCUAUGCCCAAACACCACCAGCCAUUUUCCCCUCAUCCUUCUACACACGCUAGUCCUGACCCUGGAGUCGGUAUAAAGAACGAUAAUCUUAGAAGCAAUGCAAAUAAAACCCCUGGACAAUAUAGUCCUAUGUCUCGACAAGAUCGUUUGCAUCAAAGCUCUUAUUCGCCUAGACCAAGUGUUGACCUAUCUUAUAGUAACAAAAAGAGUCCAGGCGUCGGUAAUUAUAGUCCAAUGAUGCGUUCAGAUUGUCACCUACCAAGUCCUGAUAGAGGACUAACUUCCAGACCUACUAUGAGUGGCAGGCAACAGCAAGAUAUUUAUGGGAGAUCAAUGCCUAAAGCGCCAGAUUUGAUGCACAAUAACGCAGCUGCUCCUGAUUUAAGUAACUCUUGGGGAAUAGAUAGAUUUAACCAGAUAUGCAGCGCUGCGACAUCCAGUAUCGAGUCACUAGUUUGGGGAACGCCUUCAUUUAACCCAGAGCCUGCUCCGCCUAUUCAGCCGCACAUUGAUAACAUUCCCACCAUGCUCAACACGCCGUCACCGCAAACUUGGCCUGGUUUACCUUUAUUCGAUAGUAGUGUUCGAAGGCCUAACGACGAUUUGAGUGAUCCAUGGACGACAGGUCAAUUCCGUGAACAACCUUACAAUGUGCAUAAUAAUUUUGUGGAACAAAACAAUUUUGAGUUAAGUUCUCUAAGCCAUCAGGCACAUUUACAGAGCUUUUUGGACGACGGUUUCUCGGAAACGUCUCGCGUGGACUGA